AACCCACAGACCUGAGCCGGAAGCGUCUUCUCGGUUAGCUUAGCGUCAGCGAGUGUCUCUCAUACGCGUACGAAAUAUAGCAAAAGAAAAGCCUCGCGUGUGUUUUUACACAGCGAAAGAGGAACUUUUAAGGACCUAUAUGUCAUUUGGUGGAAGUCAAAACGGCGGCCGCCGCGCUAGCAAAUGGGACCAGCCAGGUCCGGGUUGUGGGGGGCCGGGGGAGGCUGAGUCGGCCCCUACCGGGGCUCUGGACGCCGCCGCCGCGGUGGCCGCCAAGAUUAACGCCAUGCUGGUAGCCAAGGGCAAGCUCAAGCCCUCGCAGAUCGGCACACCUGGGCCCGUUGAAAAGGUUCUGGGCAUUGGGAAACCUCAGGUGCCAACCAAGGCGAAAGACGACCUGGUGGUGGCGGAGGUCGAGAUCAAUGACGUCCCGAUCACAUGCCGGAAUCUCCUGACGCGAGGACAAACACAAGAUGAGAUCAGCAAAGUGAGCAGCGCUGCCGUAUCCACCAGAGGACGCUACAUGACUGCGGAGGAGAAGGGCAAAGCGCCACCCGGGGAGCGGCCUCUGUAUCUGCACGUUCAGGGACAGACGCGGGAGCUUGUGGACCGGGCUGUAAACAAAAUCAAGGAGAUCAUCACCAACGGGGUUGUGAAAGCAGCGACCGCCUCGUCCUCAGUGUCCUCGUCCUUCUCUUCCGUCGCGCCUGCAGUGACGGUUUACCAGCAAGCACCUCCACCUUCGCUACCACCGAUGACGCAUCAUAAGCCGCACUUCCAGGGCGGGAUGCACUAUGUUCAAGAUAAGAUCUUUGUGGGGCUGGAGCACGCCAUCCCAGGCUUUGCCGUCAAAGAGCGCGUGGAGGGUCCUAACUGCUCGUACCUGCAGCACAUUCAGGGCGAGACUGGAGCCAAAGUCUUCCUCAGGGGGAAAGGCUCGGGCUGCCUGGAGCCUACGUCCGGACGAGAGGCCUUUGAGCCCAUGUAUAUCUACAUCAGCCAUCCCAAACCAGAAGGUCUUGCAGCAGCCAAAACAUUGUGUCAAAACUUGCUUCAAACUGUCCAUGCAGAGUAUUCUCGUUUCCUCUCUCAAAUGAGCUCAAUGAUGCCUUCACAACAAGGCUUCGCACAGCCCCCGGUGAUGAACGGGAUGCCCCCGCAGCCCCCCUACUAUCCGCCAGCCGGCUUCCAGCCGGGCUACCCCAUGCCGGUGCCCCCACCCCAGAACCAGCCCCCACCCAUGCCCUUUUCCGUGCCGCCUCCCAUGCCCCCACCUGUACCACCCAAGGUUAUCCUCCCUCAGUUCCCGCCUACCCCGGCGCCACCACCACCGCCUCCAAAUCUAGCCCCGCCCCUGUGUCCCGCACCUCCUGUUUCCGCUCCUCUUCCGGUAUCUGUUCCGCCACCCGUUCUUCCACCUGCUCCAGUUCUUCCUCCUACUCCUGCUCCAGUUCCUCCUCCGGCUUCUGUGGUUCAGACGGUACCUCCGAUGUCCUAUGCUCCGCCGGCUGUGGCGCCGCUCAAAGGCCCGCCUCCUCCAUCCGUGACGGCCAAUCCGGCGCAGAAAAGACGCUUCACAGAGGAAGUGCCCGACGAGCGUGACAGCGGCCUGCUUGGCUAUCAGCAUGGACCCAUUCAUAUGACUAAUUUAGGUGCAGGCUUCUCCGCGGGCAGCUCCGAGACUGCAGGACCCCCACCUUCGAGUUCCUCUGGCCCUACGACUGAGAGGGACGGUACAGUGAUCCCCCGUUCAUCCCGGGAGUUACGUGCCAGACCCACCGGAGAUAGUAGGCAGCUAAUGCCUCCACCGCCGUUGCCCGUAAAUGGCGUGAGACCCAAGAUGGAGGAGAGAAGGCUGCCGCAAGGCCCCGUGGCUGAACCUGUUGCAAAGAGGCUAAAAACGGGCUUGGUGGCAUACGCUGGCGACUCCUCAGACGAAGAGGAAGAGCACCCGAGCUCCAAAGCCUCAGGGUCAGGUAACCCCGGAGGCUCGCCUUCUACCUCCUUAGACUGGAUACAGGGGUACCGCUGCCCGCCCCCGCCGCCCCCUCGGGCUAAAACGCAGCCGCAGCAGCAGUCUAUGCCCUUCUGGAUGGCGCCGUGAAAGUUCCGCACGGAUAAUUCGUAGCUUUGGGUUUAGCUCAAGUCAGCAAAUUUGUGAUUUCUGCACUUGUACAGCGUAAACCUUUUAGGACUGACACUUUGCAAAGCUGCGGAGCUAUGCCAGAUUGAUUUUGGAAAAACUGUGAAUUCGGAAUAUAUUGUCUUUGUGAUCAUAAUAAAA